CCUAUGUUUUUUUUUUUUUUACUUUUAUUUAUAUUUUAAUUUAACGUUUCUUAAUUAUAUUUUCGUUUAAUAAUAUUAAAGCUCAUCUAAAGCAUUAAUAUUUGAGUAUAAAACGUAUAAAUUACCCUCCUUUGGUCCUUUUCCGCUUUUCUAAGCCUUCCCUUUUCCUUUCUCUUUCUCUCUCUCUCCAUUUCUCAUUUACUGUUUCUCUUUGUUAUCUUUCGUCGGAAAACCGCCUCCUCUGCCGGGAAACAUCUCUUUUCCCGGCGAAGAAAGUCUCUGGUUAUUCGUAACGACUAAUCUAUCUAGUAUUGAUAAUUUCCUGUAAUAUUUUAAGCUUUCUUUCCUGACUCGAAUUUGGAUCUCCGAGUUUUGACCCAGUCCGGUGGGCUGCGUGGCGCGUUGUGAGAAUGUGGCGAGUUUUGUUGACGUUUGAUGGUUUGGUUUGAUAGUAAAUGGUGAAGAUCGUGAUCUAGGGUUUGGUGUUUCCUGAUUUUGAGCUUUUUUUUCUUUUUUUGGAUUGUUUCGUUCGGUGAAUUGCGACAAAACGGUGGCGUGCAAAGAACCAUUCCGAAAUGAGAUGGGUGAAGGAAGGGUGCGUUUAUCCGAAGAGGUAAAAAAUGAGCUCGAGUUGUUGAAGCGUAAAAGGCUUCAACGAAUAAAAUCAGAAACUCUCUCUGGGACAUCGAGUGUCACAAACAUGAUGGCUAGAAGUGGAGGGGAUGCUUUGAGAGUUUCAGCAUCAUGUGGAAUGAGGUUACAUGGGAACACUGAAUCAUUUUCUAGAUCAAAUGGUGCUUCAAGUGAGAAGGACGUUUUGUCAAAGCGCAAGGUUGAUAAGUUUGACACUAGUGAUCUAGAAUGGACUGAAAAAAUUCCAGAAUGCCCUGUAUACUGCCCUACAAAGGAAGAGUUUGAAGAUCCUUUGGUUUAUUUGCAGAAAAUAGCUCCCGAAGCUUCAAGAUAUGGUAUAUGCAAGAUUAUUUCCCCUUUAAGUGCUACUGUUCCGGCUGGAGUUGUAUUGAUGAAGGAGAAAGUAGGAUUCAAGUUCACAACUAGAGUACAGCCUCUUCGUCUUGCUGAGUGGGAUAUUGAGGAUAGAGUCAUGUUUUUCAUGAGUGGAAAAAAUUAUACAUUUCGUGAUUUCGAGAAAAUGGCGAACAAGGUUUUUGCUCGUAGAUAUUAUAGUGCUGGUUGUCUUCCUGCUACAUACUUGGAAAAAGAAUUUUGGCAUGAAAUUGCUUGUGGGAAGACAGAAAGUGUUGAAUAUGCUUGUGACGUUGAGGGUAGUGCUUUUUCUUCUUCUCCCAGUGACCCGCUUGGAACUAGCAAAUGGAAUUUAAAGAAACUCUCACGGCUGCCAAAGUCCAUUUUGCGUCUUCUUGAAACAGCAAUUCCGGGAGUAACCGACCCCAUGCUUUACAUAGGAAUGCUAUUUAGUAUGUUUGCUUGGCAUGUGGAGGAUCAUUAUUUGUAUAGCAUUAAUUAUCAUCACUGUGGGGCUUCAAAAACUUGGUAUGGCACACCUGGUCAUGCUGCUUUAAAUUUUGAAAAGGUUGUCAAGGAACAUGUGUACACUAAUGAUAUCCUAUCAAUGGGUGGUGAAGAUGGAGCUUUUGAUGUGCUUUUGGGUAAAACAACAUUAUUUCCUCCAAAUAUUUUGUUGGAACAUGAUGUCCCUGUCUACAAGGCUGUGCAGAAGCCUGGAGAGUUUGUAGUUACCUUUCCAAGAGCAUAUCAUGCUGGAUUCAGUCACGGUUUCAACUGCGGUGAGGCUGUGAACUUUGCUAUUGAUGAUUGGUUUCCUUUGGGGGCUGUAGCAAGCUUGCGUUAUGCACUUCUUAACAGGGUGCCUCUUCUUCCUCAUGAGGAACUUCUGUGCAAAGAAGCUAUGCUUCUUUAUACUAGUUUAGAAUUGGAAGACUUGGAUUAUUCACCAGCAGACUUGACCUCUCAUCAUUGCAUUAAGGUUUCAUUUGUAAAGCUGAUGCGUUUUCUGCACUGGGCGCGUUGGUCUGUCAUGAAAUCAAGGGCAUGCACCAGUGUAUCUCCAAAUUCUUAUGGAACCAUUAUCUGCACUUUAUGCAAACGAGACUGUUAUGUUGCUUUCAUUAGCUGCAGCUGUUACUUGCAUCCGGUUUGCCUGCGACAUGAUAUUAAGUCACUUGACUUCCCAUGUGGGAGCUAUCAUGGUCUUUUCUUGAGGGAUGACAUUGCAGAGAUGGAAGCUGCUGCCAAGAAAUUUGAGCAAGAAGAUGCCAUAUCAGAAGAGAUUGAGCGACAAGCUGAAAAUGGUGAUGACUUGUAUUCAUAUCCACUGUCAAAUAAGUUCCAAACUGAUGUAGAGGAUGGAUACUUUCCAUACUGUGAGGUUAAUGUUGUCUUGAAUCCUGAGAUUGCUGCAAUAACUACAACUAUGGGUCAUCCACUAGAACAACGGCAGCCUACAAUGAGCUGUAACACUGGUAAUUUUCGACCUGAACUGACAGAUGCUUUCUCUUCUUUUGCUGCAUCAACUCUCUAUUCUUUUGUGGAGCAAGAUGGAUCCUCAUCAAAAAAUGGGCUAGUUAACCCAGGAAACACUAAUGGUAAAGGGUUCUCUGAAGAAGUCUCACAAAAUACAUAUGGAUCGACUGUAUCCUGUUUGUCACAUGAAGAUCGUGCCGGUAUCAACCAGGGCAAUGUUCAUGAACCGCUGAGUAGGUCUGUAGUGGAUCAAGACAGUGAUAAUUCUGAUUCAGAGAUAUUUAGGGUUAAGCGACCUUCCUUAUUGAAGGUUGAGAAAAGAAAUGGGAAUGACACCAUGUCAUCAAAGAAGUCUGAACACCAGGGGCUCAAACGAUUAAAGAAACUCCAACAUGAAGGAAGAUGUGGGCAACCAAUGACAUCUGAAGGCUACAGAAAUGAUGAACCAAGUCGCAAUAUUAAUUCCUCUUCUGACUGUAAAGAAGCUGCAGGAAAUUUUGUGAAGGACGGAAUUGGAAGAGGGACCCUUCCCAUUUCUAUCAAGUACAAGAAGUUGGCCAAUGAUGAAGCAAUGAGUAGGCAGCAAGAGCACCAAGGAAAUGAUAGGUUCCAGCACGAGUUAGGAAAGAGCAUGAGGGAACCUCCUCCGAUAGAGAUUGAGCCAAAGCGCCUUAAAAUCAGAGGGCCGACAUAUUCAGAAAGCAGAUUGGAUUGAAGUUACAGAUUUUCCAAACUGAUGAGAAAUCCGGUUGGGUUGCCUCUGUAGAAUCAUCUGGAGCCUGACUUUGCUAACUUCAUUCCCUCUAAUGGAGUUCUAACAACACUGAAAUUCCAAAUCAUUGAUUGGGGGAGUAGCAGCUAAUAUUAACCAAGCUUAGGACAAUUUUUAUUCUUUGUGCAGGCCUCCAAAAAUGGGGCAAAUUGCACGUGCAGUGAUUCUUGUGGUUCUCAAGCCGGGGUGUUCUACCGUCUUUGGCAGGAGAACCUUCCUGCAAAAGCUGAAAAGUAGAACUUGGGUUAGUAACAUUUGUAAAUUUGUUUCUGUUAGUCAAAAUUAAUUCUUAGAGAGGAAAGGGGGCAUUACCGCAGGCUCCUCAAAUUUAAUAGUCUUCUGCUUCCCUGCUAGGUUCGUUAUUCUUUUUAUAGCAAUGUAAUACUAGUUAAAUAAAAUGCAGAGAAAGGCCCUUCUUUUCUCUCAAAUUUUUUCGUUAGUCUCCAAUUAAUUCCAUCUUCUCUAAUGAUAUCAGACUUAUUUACUAAACAAAUUCGGAUGAAAUGCCUAUUCAUUGGUUGCGAGUUAAAGUCCUUGCCCCUGAAACUGCUUGAUGUCGGACAUUUCGUAGAUGUUGCUUGGGAACGAUAUCGUUUUGGAUUAUAGGAUUGUGGGGUGCUGCAACUUGCAAUGUAAUUUGGGCCUGCAAUUUUAGUAUUGAGGUUGGGGGCAUAAGCCACCAACGGCGUUUUCGGCUGUUGUUGUUUUGAAACUUGUGGGGAGCAAAGGGGCCAUGGAGGAGGGUAUUGUUACUUCACCUGGGGUCGUGGAAUGGACCGUUUCUGUUGCAUCCGUAUCGAAGCAAUUGUGGCAAGUACUAGGGUACUCUGUGGGAAGAUGGACCACUUACUGACCUGUUUCUACAACUAGUCCAUCCCCAGCAAGUUGCGACAAUGCCAUGGUUGCCACAUACUUCCUAAUUCUAUCCAGUAGUAGAUAGGACAUUGUUUGUUCCAUUCGUUCAUGACGUUGAGAUUUCUACUCUUUCUUUCCUAUGUUUCUAAAUGUCAAAAAGUGAACUUUCCUUUUUAUACAUGUCAAUAUAGAUUUUUGUCGUGUCAAUGUGCCUGGUAUUUGAAAUUUAAUUAACGUGUUGUUUGAUCGUGAAUUCAAAGAUU